AUGGAUGUACAGUCGGCCAAAUUGAAGGUUGACGGUGAGCCCAUUUUCCCGAAACGACGCGUGAUCCUCUGUGGUCAACGUGAAGACGUGUUGACGGCUAUUGAGAAAAUGGAGCGCGAUGGCAUAACCACCGGAGUCCCAUUCAGUGCGUGGGCAACGUUAGCCAAUCCGAAACAGUGCAGUUCAGACAGAAGCAGAACAAUGCAAGCAAUACUGGAAUGCGAUUGA